AUGAAGACAUCAGCACUUCUCACAAUUGUGCUCGCGGCCGUCGUUUCCGCCCACAGCGUGAUUACAUACCCCGGCUGGCGAGGAAACAACCUCAUCACCAACGAGACCUUCCCUUAUGGCAUGCAAUGGAUAUAUCCCUGCGGUGGUCACAAUGUCACGACAAACCGCACAUACUGGCCCACCACAGGCGGUGCCAUCGCCUUCCAGCCCGGUUGGUUCCGUGGCCACGAGACUGCCUUUGCCUACAUCAACAUGGGCUUUGGCGACGAAGGUCCUGACGGCGGCCCUGCCAACAUGACUCUCCCCAUGGUUCCCAUGUUCCAGAUCCUCGGUCCCACCAACAAUCCCUUCCCCGGAACAAUCUGUCUUCCCCAGGUGCCUCUACCGAAGAACACCACCGUGAAGGCCGGUGACAAGGCAACGAUCCAAGUCGUAGAGGUAGCCAUCCACGGCGCAUCCCUCUUCUCUUGCGUGGACAUCAUCUUUGCCGAUCCCGGAGACAAGAAGCUCAAGGAAGUUAACGAGACCAACUGUUUCAACUCGACCGACAUCGGCUUCGCAGAGAUCUACACCAUCACGACCAAAGAAUCCGGCUCCGACUCCUACGUGAGCGAAUCCGGCGCCACGAAAACGCUGCGCCAACUAGGCUGGGCAGCAGGCUGGCUACCGCUUGCCUUAGCCGGAGCAUGGGCGCUACUCCUGGCAUGA